CAUUUGUUUAUUGAUUGUUGAAUUAUGAAGCUGCAAUUGUUGCAUUGGCGGGAAGCAUGAACAUUGUGAAAGGUGUUGCUGACCUUAUUCGUCGGUCAUCUAGUGGUCACACUGGAGAAUCGCCAGGGUCACAAGGGGAGAUGCUGUCUCCUCUUACUCCAAGGAUUCGCUUCAGCGAAGUAGACGAUGAGGCAGUUUUGAGUUCACUGUGGGAGAGAUACGAGAACACUGCUGAUAAGGAGGAAAAAAAAAGGUUGUUUCAUGUUUUCCUCAAGCAGUUUCUGAUAGUAUUCAAGAAUUGGGAGCCUGUUAAAUAUGGCCAAUUGCCAGAGGCUGCCUCAACGGCUAUUCAACCUGGAGAGAAUUCUACAAGUGGUAAUGAUAUUGUUGGUUGUUUUGCUGGGCAUCCUUCUGAGAUAAUCUUGACUUUGACUGAAGAGAUUAUGCAAAUAACCACUUUGGUCUCUGAGAACCUUCCUGCAGCAACUAUAAGCUUCAUAAUCACUUCCGAAGGGUUACCUAUUUUGUAUGCUUUAAAAAUUAUUGCUCGUUCACUGCAUAAUUGCAGAGUUUUUAGCUACUAUGAUGGAAUUCAGAAACUUACAGCACUAAUGAAAGGGGCAGUUAUCCAACUCAAAACAAUGACUGGUUCACUUUCUGUUGAUGAGAAUUUUUCUAAUUUUCUUACAGAGAAAAUAGAGUUCUUACAGCGAAUACUUGUAUAUGUGGUGUCAAUCAUAUGUAGCUUAAUUGAUUUAGAUUCAAAUAUAUAUGAGAAAGCUCAGAUGUACAAUAUUACUGAAGGUUCUUAUGAAACUGGUGCUUCAUCUUCAAUUGACUCUUCUAAUAGUUUAAAGGGUUCUCUUUCUGAAACAAGGCUACACUGGCAUCAGAAGGCUAUUGUCUCAGUGAUGGAAGCCGGUGGCCUUAAUUGGUUAGUAGAGUUGAUGCGUGUCAUGAGAAGGUUGAGCAUGAAAGAACAGUGGACAGAUAUGCCACUGCAGUGCUUGACUUUGAGAACCCUUUGUGUUGCACUUUCUAAUAAUUCUCGUGGUCAAAAUCAUUUCAAAAGCAUUGGAGGGCUUGAAGUUCUAUUGGAUGGACUUGCACUUCCACCAAUUAAUAUGCUACUUUUAAAGAGUGACUCAAAUGCUGAUGGGCCAAGAGAAAAAAAUAUAUUGUUGAAAAUUUUUGAGCUCCAUGUUCUUUCAUUAGAAGUUCUUAGGGAAGCUGUCUUUGAGAAUGUGAGUAACCUACAAUUCCUAUGUGAAAAUGAAAGAGUCCAUAAAUUUGCAAAUGGCUUUUGUUCACCUGCUUUCAUGCUUCAAGAGUACAAACAACAAAUGAAGGAUUCUUUUAUGCAACAAGACGGCAACCAAGCAUCCAUUUUAUACUUAACAAAUGAGGAUAAUGCUAAUAGUUCAUUGAUGGAGCCUUCUAUUCCUUUAAUUGACAAGGCUUCUUGUAUUCAGCUUUGGAAUGAUUGUAUUGUGAAGCUAAGCAAAGUCCUUUGCUCAUUCCUUCUUGCUCCAGAAGAUGUUAAAUCUUAUCAUGAACAAAUUUCUUCAAUUUAUGGUGAACUUUCAAUUAAAUGGGUCAUAAAGGUUUUGCUUGUAGUUUUCCCAUCCAUCAAGACAUGUCCAUAUAAAAAUGAACUUCCAAGACAUUUAUGGGUCUUCAUCAAUACCUUGCAACAUUGUGUUCUCAAGGCCUUCAAAAAGAUUCUUACUUCUUCACCUACAUUGCUCGAAGUGUUUCGCAAAGCCGGAAUAUGGGACCUUAUAUUCUCUGAGAAUUUUUUCUAUUUAGGAUCAGCUUUCGAGGAACCUUUUAAAGAGAUUAGUACAUACAAUGAAGGGUCUCUAGAAAAGCUUGAAAAGUACUCUUCUUGUUGGAGCAAUGUUGUUCAACUAAAGGAUAAUGGGGUUAGAACUAUUCAGAGAGAAGUGAUAACUUUUGUGGAGUUAGUAGCAACAUCUAAUGGGAGUCUCAAUAACUUGCCUGAAUUGUCUGCUUUAAUAAAGGCUCUUGAACAAUGUGCUUGUAACCCUGAGAUUGCCAGUGUUCUCGCAAAAAGUCUGCUUCAGAUAUUACAGCAAUCAGUUGAGAAAACUAUUGCUUCUUUUAACUCACUCAAUGCAGUUUCCAGGGUUCUUAAAGUUGCUUGCAUUUUGGCCCAAGAAUCAAAACAGUCAAGCAACAUUAGCUUUGUGACUGAUAAUAAUUAUUUGGAAGGGUUUCCGUCUAAUGGUCUCCAAAGAUUUGAUUCACGUGAGAUAUUCAUAAUUGAAGGCACGGAAACAUGCAUGGAAAUCUUUAAGGAAUUUUUCUCAGUAGCAGAUGAUGCUAAGAGUUUAAUUUUACAUGAUUCUACCUGCAUUGACUGUUUGUUUGAAUUGUUUUGGGAAGAAGGCUAUAAAAAUCAUGUUCUUAAAUACAUUCUUGACCUCAUGAAGGUUGUAUCACUAUCAGGAGAAGAUCGCAACGCAAUGUUAUAUGUAUGCUCAAAAUAUUUAGAGACCUUCAAUCUUAUAAAGGAAAAGGAGCAAAGAUUUGCUGAACUGUCUAUUAAUCUGUUGAAUGGAAUGAUGGAUAUACUCCAGACUGAUCUAGUGCAUUACCAAGCUUUAUUUAGAGAUGGAGGAUGCUUUUUGCAUGUUGUCUCUUUAUUGAAUGGCACUCUUGAUGAAGCACAUGGAGAGAUGUUGGUUUUGGUUGUCUUACAAACUCUUACCGCUUUGCUUGCAAGGAAUGAUGCCUCAAAGGAAGCUUUUAGAGCUCUUGUUGGAAAGGGUUAUCAGACAUUGCAAAGUUUGCUAUUAGACUUUUGUCAAUGGCAUCCAAGUGAAGCACUUUUGAAUGCACUUCUUGAUAUGCUAGUUGAUGGAAAAUUUGAUAUAAAAGACAACCCUCAUAUAAAGAAUGAAGAUGUGAUCAUACUGUAUUUGAGUGUCCUACAGAAGAGCAGUGAAUCUUUGCGGCAUUAUGGUCUCGGUGUGUUUCAACAGCUGCUUAGGGAUUCCCUUUCCAAUCGAGCUUCAUGUGUCGUGGCAGGAAUGCUUAAUUUUCUUCUUGACUGGUUUGUCCAAGAAGGUGAUGACAGUGUCAUUUUGAAAAUUGCACAAUUGAUUCAGGUUAUCGGUGGUUAUAGCAUAUCCGGGAAGGAUAUUCGCAAGAUUUUCGCUCUCCUUCGAAGUGAGAAAGUGGGGACUCAACUGCAAUACUGCUCAUUAUUGUUGACUACUGUUUUAUCAAUGUUAAAUGAGAAAGGACCAACUACCUUCUUUGAUCUCAAUGGAAAUGACUCUGGAAUCAUAAUUAAAACACCUGUGCAUUGGCCUCUGUACAAGGGUUUUUCUUUUUCAUGUUGGCUUAGGGUGGAGGACUUCCCCAAGAAUGGAACAAUGGGGCUUUUCAAUUUCUUCACUGAAAAUAGAAGAGGGUUCUUAGCAGCAGUAGCAAAAGAUAAGCUUCUAUAUAAGUCUAUCAAUCUGAAACAAUAUUCUAUUCAGACACAUGUUAAUCUAAUCAAGAGGAAAUGGCACUUUCUUUGUAUUACUCAUACCAUUGGAAGAGCAUUUUCUGGGGGUAGCCUAUUUAGAUGUUAUCUUGAUGGCAAUCUUGUAUCUUCUGAAAGAUGCAGAUAUGCAAAAGUCAGUGAAUUAUUGACUAACUGCUCCAUUGGUACAAAAAUGGUAUGGCCUCAAAGUGAAGAUAAUACACGGAACUCCAACCCGGAUUUUUUGCCUUUUUUUGGUCAGAUCGGUCCACUUUAUUUGUUUGCUGAUGUCAUUUCCUCUGAGCAAGUUAAGGCUGUACAUUCCCUUGGACCGAGCUAUAUGUAUUCCUUCCUGGAUAAUGAAGCUACUGCAUUUGGUGGUAACCCAUUGCCUAGUGGAAUUCUUGAAGCAAAAGAUGGUCUUGCAUCAAAAAUUGUGUUUGGGCUCAAUGCACAGGCAAGUGAUGGCAAGAAAUUGUUUAAUGUUUCACCUGUAUUGGAGCAUGCAUUGGAUAAGAAUUUAUUUGAAGCAACUAUAAAGGUUGGUACACAGUUAUGUUCCCGGCGCUUGUUCAAAGAGAUAAUUUACUGUGUUGGAGGUGUUUCUGUGUUUUUCCCUCUUAUAUCUCAGUCUGAUAGAUAUGAAAAUGAUGAAAUUCAAGUUUUAGAAAGAACACUAGUCCUCCCAGUUGCAAAAGAGCGUCUGACCGCUGAAGUUAUUGAGCUUGUUGCUUCUGUCUUAGAUGAGAACUUAGCAAAUCAACAACAGAUGCAUCUUCUUUCUGGAUUUUCAAUACUGGGAUUUUUAUUGCAAUCAGUUCCACCUCAGCAACUCAAUAUGGAAACUCUCUCUGCAUUGAAGAAUUUGUUUAAUGUUGUAUCUUCCUGUGGAUUGGCAGAGCUGCUCAUAGAAGAAAUCAUAUCUUCUAUUUUUCUUAAUCCCCUUACCUGGCUGUACACAGUUUACAAGGUGCAACGUGAACUAUACAUGUUUCUCAUUGAACAGUUUGAUAAUGAUCCGAGGCUGCUUAAAAGUUUGUGCCAGUUCCCUCGUGUUAUUGACAUAAUAAGGCAGUGUUAUUGGGAUAAUGUGAAAUCUCGGUUUGCAAUUGGAGGCCAACCUCUUUUACAUCCUAUUACUAAACAAAUUAUUGGAGAAAGACCUACUAGAGAAGAAAUAAAAAAAAUUCGUCUUCUUUUAUUAAGUCUUGGUGAAAUGAGCCUCAGGCAAAGCAUUGCACCAGCUGAUAUAAAAGCUCUUAUAGCUUUUUUUGAAACAAGCCAUGAUAUGACGUGCAUUGAGGAUAUUUUAAAUAUGGUUAUACGUGCUGUUUCUCAAAAACCAUUACUUAUGUCCUUCCUUGAACAAGUAAAUCUGAUAGGUGGCUGUCGCAUUUUUGUCAAUCUGCUACAGAGGGAAUAUGAACCUAUCAGGUUGCUCAGCUUGCAAUUUAUAGGAAGACUUUUGGUUGGUUUCCCAUCGGAGAAAAAGGCGACAAGGUUUUUCAAUCUUGCAGUUGGAAGAACAAAACCUCUUUCAGAAAACAACAAGAAAGUCAGCUCAAGGUUGCAACCACUCUUCUCAGUUAUAUCUGACAGGUUGUUUAAAUUCCCACAGACGGAUAAUUUGUGUGCAACCUUGUUUGAUGUUCUUCUAGGUGGUGCUAGCCCCAAACAGGUGUUACAGAAAAAUAGUACAACGGACAAGCAGAGAAGCAGAGGCAAAAAUUCUCAUUUUUUCCUUCCUCAGAUGUUGGUUCUGAUUUUCAGAUUCCUAUCUGGUUGCAAAGAUGCUUCUGCAAGAAUGAAAAUAAUUAGUGAUCUACUUGAACUUCUUGAUUCAAAUACUUUGAAUAUAGAGGCAUUAAUGGAAUAUGGUUGGAAUGCUUGGUUAACAGCUUCUGUGACACUUGACAUUGUAAAACCCUAUAGGCCUGAUUCAAGAUAUUGUGGUGACUAUGAGGCAAAUGAGAAAAAUCUUGUGAUGAAGGUUUUCUCUGUUGUGCUUUGUCAUUACAUACAAUUUGUAAAAAGUGGCUGGCAAAGAUUAGAGGAAACUAUAAAUUUUCUUCUUGUUCAUUGUGAGCAAGGUGGCAUAUCAUGCCAAGACUUGCUUUAUGACAUAUAUGACAACUUGAUUCAAAGGCUGGUAGAUUUAUCUUCUGAGGAGAAUAUUUUUAGUUCACAGCCUUGUCGUGACAACACAUUAUACUUUCUGCGACUGGUUGAUGAGAUGCUUAUAUCUGAAGCUGGAAUUAAACUUCUGUUUCCAGCUAUUAGUUCGGACUCUUUUCUGGAUUCUUUAAUGGUAGAAGGCCAGAAAGAUUAUACCACUCUGUUGCAUGAGGUCUUGCGAGGAGAAUUUGAUGACAAAGUGUCUGGAAACGCAUUGGCUUCUGAGGAAUCAAUAACAAGUGAAGAUGACAUAACUAAUGAUAAGUGGUGGAACUUAUUUGACAAUUUAUGGAUUGUUAUUAGUGAGAUGAAUGGGAAGGGUCCAAGCAAGAUGCUGCCUAGAAUUACAGUAUCAGUUGGUCCAUCUUUUGGCCAAAGAGCACGUGACUUGGUAGAAUCUCUUAAUAUCCCUGCCACAGAAAUGGCUGCUGUUGUUAUAUCCGGGGGCUUUGGCAAUGCAUUGAGUGGAAAACAAAACAAAGUUGCUGAUAAAGCCAUGGCUUUGAGGGGGGAAAGGUGUCCAAGAAUUGUAUUUCGACUACUAAUCAUAUAUCUCUGCAGAGCUUCCCUAGAAAGAGCAUCACGCUGUGUCCAGCAGUUCAUCUCACUUCUGCCUUCCUUUUUGGGCACUGAUGAUGAGCAAAGCAAGAGUAGACUGCAACUCUUCAUCUGGUCUUUGCUUCUUGUACGAUCCCGGUAUGGAAAGUUGGAUGAUGGUGCUCGUUUUCAUGUUAUAGCACAUGUGAUUCGAGAAACUGUAAAUUCUGGGAAGUCAAUGCUUGCUACUAGCAUGAUUGGUAGGGAUGACUUAUUCAAUACAAGCAGCCUCUCAAGAGAAACGGGCUCCUUGCACAAUCUAAUUCAGAAGGAUCGAGUGCUUUCUGCGGUUACUGAUGAGUCCAAGUAUGUGAAGAUGUUGGAAUCUGACCGCAGCAGACACUUGCAGGAGCUUCGUGCUAAAAUGGAUGAAAAUUCCUCUUCAGAAAUUAAUACCCAGAAGACAUUUGAAGACGAGAUACAAAGUAGCUUAUGCAGUAUUCUUGCUUCAGAUGAGAGCAGAAGGGCUGCAUUCCUGCUUGCCCAUGAGGAGGAGCAGCAAAAUGUUGCUGAAAAAUGGAUGCACAUGUUUCGUACUUUGAUCGAUGAAAGGGGCCCGUGGUCUGCUAAUCCAUUUCCUAAUGGUGCUGUGAUACAUUGGAAACUUGAUAAGACCGAAGAUACAUGGCGGCGUAGACCAAAGUUAAGGCAGAAUUAUCAUUUUGAUGAAAAGUUGUGUCAUCCUCCUUCCACUUUUCCUUGUAAUGAAGCUACUCUGCCAAGUAGCGAGAGCAAGCCGAGUUUUGUGGGGCACAUUCCUGAGCAAAUGAAGAAGUUUCUGCUCAAAGGAGUACACAGGAUAACUGAUGACGGCAGCUCAGAACCUGCUGAGAGUGGUGCUGAACCUGAUGAUCCUUCUGACAUUCACAAUGCAGAAAUUAUUAAAAGCAGUAGUGAUCAGAUUGACAUUGUGCCAGAUAGAAAAGAGCUUUCAUCACCUUCUCAAGAAACAGAAACUAGUGAGGUUCUUAUGUCAGUUCCAUGUGUGCUUGUAGCCCCAAAAAGAAAACUGGCAGGUCGAUUGGCAGUCAUGAAAGAUGUUUUGCAUUUCUUUGGUGAAUUUUUGGUUGAAGGUACUGUGGGGUCUUCAGUUUUCAAGAGCUUGAAUGAAUCAAGCCUUUCCGAGUCCGCAAAGGCUGAUCACAAGCCAAAGUCUUUUAAUUGGUCCAUCCAUCUUGGUAUGUUUUCUGAUAAGGGGACUUCUCCUGACAAUAUGGAGGCAGAAGAUUUGCACAAGAAGGAAUUACGAACUGUUAAGCGUCAUCGGAGAUGGAAUAUUGGCAAGAUAAAAGCUGUUCAUUGGACUCGGUAUUUGCUUAGAUACAAUGCAGUUGAAAUUUUCUUUAGUGAUUCUAUUGCUCCCAUAUUUAUAAACUUUGCUUCACAAAAGAAUGCAAAAGAGAUUGGAACCCUGAUAGUUUCUACCAGAAAUGAGCUGUUGUUUCCCAGAGGAAGUAGUAGGGACAAGAGUGGCAUUAUUUCAUUUGUUGAUAGACGUGUGGCAGUGGAAAUGGCAGAAACUGCUAGAGAGAGAUGGAAGAGAAGGGAUAUAACGAACUUUGACUAUUUGAUGAUUCUCAACACACUUUCAGGAAGAUCUUAUAAUGAUUUGAGUCAGUAUCCUGUCUUUCCUUGGGUUUUGGCUGAUUACUCAUCUGAGGUUCUUGAUUUUAACAAGUCAGCAACUUUUCGGGAUCUCUCCAAGCCUGUUGGAGCACUGGACUCAAAACGGUUUGAGGUGUUUGAAGACAGAUAUCAAAACUUCUGUGAUCCCGAUAUACCCAAUUUCUAUUAUGGGUCUCAUUACUCAAGCAUGGGGAUUGUGCUUUAUUACCUCCUUCGAAUGGAACCUUUCUCAUAUCUUCACCGUAAUUUUCAGGGUGGUAAAUUUGACCAUGCAGAUCGUCUUUUUCAAUGCAUCGAAGGAACAUAUAAGAAUUGCCUUUCUAAUACAAGUGACGUGAAGGAGUUGAUUCCCGAGUUCUUUUACAUGCCUGAGUUUCUGAUCAAUUCAAACUCUUAUCAUCUUGGGGUGAAACAAGAUGGUGAACUCAUAAGUGAUGUUUCUCUUCCUCCCUGGGCUAAGGGUUCACCUGAAUUGUUCGUAAGUAAAAAUAGAGAAGCCCUAGAAAGUGAGUAUGUUAGCUCAAAUCUCCACCACUGGAUUGAUUUGAUAUUUGGUUACAAGCAGCGUGGUAAACCAGCAGUAGAGGCUGCAAAUAUCUUCUAUUAUUUAACUUAUGAAGGUGCUGUAGAUCUGGACACCAUGGAUGAUGAUCUCCAGAGAUCAGCAAUUGAAGAUCAGAUUGCAAAUUUUGGUCAGACGCCUAUCCAGAUUUUCUGUAAAAGACACCCUAGAAGAGGGCCUCCAAUUCCAAUUGCUCAUCCUCUAUCUUUUGCACCUGCUUCUAUUAGUUUGACAUCUAUUCUUUCUUGUAUGAAUAAUCCACCAUCAGCUGUUUUGUACGUUGGAUUACUGGACUCGAACAUUGUCAUUGUGAACCAGGGGCUUACUUUAUCUGUUAAGAUGUGGUUGACAACCCAACUCCAAUUCGGUGGAAAUUUCACCUUCUCAGGUUCUCAGGAUCCUUUCUUUGGAGUUGGUUCAGAUAUUCUUUCUCCUCGGAAAAUUGGGAGUCCUUUAGCAGAAAAUGUUGAACUUGGUGCACAAUGCUUUGCAACAAUGCAAACACCAUCCGAGAACUUUUUAAUUUCAUGUGGUAAUUGGGAAAACAGCUUCCAGGUCAUAUCUUUGAGUGAUGGAAGAAUGGUUCAAAGCAUUCGACAGCACAAAGAUGUUGUCAGCUGCGUUGCAGUUACAGCUGAUGGAAGCAUUCUUGCUACUGGAAGUUAUGACACUACGGUGAUGGUGCGGGAGGUUCUUCGUGUCAGAUCCCCAGAAAAGAGAGUUCCUCGUAAGGACUGUAUCAUUGCUGAAACUCCCUUUCAUAUUCUUUGUGGUCAUGAUGAUAUAAUUACAUGCUUGUAUGUCAGUGUGGAGCUUGACAUAGUUAUUAGUGGGUCAAAAGACGGAACUUGUGUUUUCCAUACCCUGAGAGAUGGAAGAUAUGUAAGAUCUUUAAAUCACCCAUCUGGCAGUGCAUUGUCAAAACUUGCAGCUUCUCAGCAUGGACGGAUCGUACUUUAUGCCGAUGGUGAUCUCAGUUUAAACCUCUAUUCUAUUAAUGGAAAACACCUUGCCUCUUCUGAAUCCAACGGGCGCCUUAACUGUGUUGAACUCAGUGGAUGUGGUGAGUUUUUGGUUUGUGCUGGUGACCAAGGACAGGUUGUGGUUCGCUCUAUGAACGCACUCGAGGUUGUGAAAAGAUAUAAUGGAGUUGGAAAGGUAAUAACAUCCCUAACCGUGACUCCAGAAGAAUGCUUCUUGGCUGGGACAAAAGAUGGAAACCUUCUUGUAUAUUCUAUAGAAAAUCCUCAACGCAAAGCAAUUGUUCUUCGGAAUCCAAGAACCAGAGUUACGAUACCAAGCUAAGCUAUGAUUCAGGAUGGCAAUGGCUGACAAUUAGGCUCUGCUUGGUGAAAAUGAUCUCAGGAAAUGCUAUGAAAACUAUAGGCUCAUAGUUUCAACCAUAUAUUUUAUAGUGCAUGAAGAUGAAUACUUCUGAUGAUUCUUUCUUCAUGAUCCAUCCAACAUACAUACAGCCUUCUUAUAACCAUUUUUGUAACACUACAGAGAUAGGCAGGUAGGUUUACUUUUAGUUUAUAACAUGAUGAGCUGAGACAGAAAUUGGGAUAUUUAAUACAUAAUGUAAAAUAAUUUUUGGUUACUACUAGCGUAGGUUUUCAAUUCAUUUGUAUUAUCAAUACCAGCAUCUUUCUCAGCUCAUUGUUUUUGUUUUCUCAAAAACAACAAAAUGUCAAGAACUAUCAACCCCCUAGCAUUGUAUAGAUGGGCUUACCAUGCCCGAUUCUAAAUUGAAUGAAAAAAAAAAUACCCUACUCUUUUCAACCA